CCUUCUUUUAGGGUUCAAGCUUAUUCUCUCUGCAGUUUUAUUCAUUAGUUCAUAAUAAAUAAGCACUCUUCCUUCCGAGUACCUCUCCUAUACAUUUCCUGUGUUGUGCAGCAUUCUGUAUGCCUUCUCUUUCAUCUCAAAUGGAGAGAGCAAGAUCAUUUCUUCAGUCUCCCACUUACGGGAACAUCGUCACCGUUCUGAGCAUUGAUGGAGGUGGAAUUAGAGGGAUUAUUCCCGGAACUAUACUCAAAUUCCUAGAAUCCGAGCUUCAGAAGCUAGAUGGUGAAGAAGCAAGGCUUGCAGAUUACUUUGAUGUGAUUGCAGGGACUAGCACUGGUGGGCUUGUGACUGCCAUGCUUACUACCCCAGAUGAAAAUAAUCGACCCUUAUUUGCUGCUAAAGACAUUAACGAUUUUUAUCUUGAACAUUGUCCUAAGAUCUUCCCUCAAGACAGCAACUAUACAUUGAUUGGUGACGCCAUGGACAUGGUAAAAGCUGUGUCAGGACCGAAGUAUGAUGGGAAGUAUUUACAUAAGAUAGUGAAGGAAAUAUUAGGAGACAUACGAUUAAGUGACACGUUAACAAACGUUAUAAUCCCAACUUUUGAUAUAAAGCGGCUCCAACCAAUGGUCUUCUCUAGCUAUGAGGAGAAAAAGAACACUAGCAUAAAUGCUUUACUGUCGGACAUAUGCAUUGGGACUUCAGCAGCCCCAACCUAUCUUCCAGCGCACCAUUUUGAAACCAAAACUUCCACUGGUGAAUCAAGAGAUUUCGAUCUCAUUGAUGGUGGCGUUGCUGCUAACAACCCGGCUUUGGUUGCUAUAAGCGAAAUGACAAAAGAAAUCCACCAGGGAAAUUCUGACUUCUUUGCUAUAAGGUCAACUGAGUAUGGUCGGUUCUUAGUGAUAUCGUUGGGUACUGGUUCAGCAAAAUCUGAAGAGAAAUAUAAUGCCGAUGAUGCAGCUAAAUGGGGUCUUUUGGGAUGGUUGACGAAAGGGGGUUCCACUCCAUUGGUAGAUGUAUUUACUCAAGCAAGUAGUGACAUGGUCGAUUUCCACCUUGCUACUGUUUUUCAAGCUCUCGACUGUGAGAAAAAUUACCUCCGAAUUCAGGAUGAUACAUUGGAGAAAACAGUAUCUUCAGUGGACAUUGCUACGCAAGAAAACUUGAAUAACCUUGUAAAAGUUGGAGAGGAAUUGUUGAAGAAACCGGUUUCGAGGGUGAAUUUGCAAACCGGUAUCUAUGAGCCUGCUCAUCAGGAAACAAAUGAAGAAGCUCUCGUAAGGGUGGCGCAAAUUCUGUCCAGGGAAAGGACGGUCCGUGAAAUGAGAUCACCACAUGGAAAGGCUGUAGCUGACAGCAACUCCAACUGAUGAUCACAUAUUGCUAAUCUCACGCUUAUUAUUCCCUCUAAUUAGAUUUUUUUA